UCUACCUGGGAGAAGGAAGACUGGAUCGUACCGGUACCGGAUCGUAACCCUUGGCUAGCGAAGAUGGGAUCAUGACGAGAAGUAGCCACUAUAAGGCGCAGUGGACAACUAUAUAAAACUAUAUACAAUAUGUAGUGGGAGUCGGUAAGAAAUUAAUCAAUAAAUCGAUCGUCACAAUAGGUUUACUCCUGCAAUAUAAAACUAACCAGUGCUUCGUCAUGCUUAAGACAGCUACACAGAGAUGCUGCAUCGCGUAUUUCGGCACCAUACAAGAAGCCCUGGCCAGCUUCCGGUAUAUUCUGGAACCAGCCGCUUACGCAUUAGAAAAUCGAUUUUGAUUUUGCUGGUUACACUUAUGAUAUACAGACUGACUGAAGCCUUUAAACGUUUAUAACGUGACCACAAGGACAAUACGAACAUUAACUUUUGUGAAUACAGUGCUUGUUUAAGACUGUAACUUGUUCAGAACGUAGUAUGUUGUGCUGUACCGUACUUUGCUGCAGCAGUCGCCAAGGGGAUGUUUCACAGCAGACGAGAUUUAUUGUGUGGGAUUAAAGAAGAAUGUUAUACCCUGCUCUCAGUUGUUUACCAAACUGAUGUAAACAAGCACAGGUGUUGACGUUACUUGAGCUGUAUAUCGCGGGAUCUUAAUCGUUUGGAAAGUUAACAGUUUUAAAUAACUGUUGAAGAGAGCAAAGAAAACACCAGGUUUGAGAAGAACAGAGAUAAGAGGGUACUUUUCCAUUGUCAGAUCUGAGCCUUCUUUCUUUAAAGAAUGCUCGUCGGUGAAGAUGCAUUGCCGUUUGUGAUAGUAGGGUUUAUUAUCGCCUUUGUAUUGGCGUUUGGAAUAGGAGCAAAUGAUGUCGCAAAUUCGUUUGGGACAUCUGUGGGUGCUAAGGUGCUUACCCUUCGACAAGCAUGUAUCCUGGGAACAAUAUUUGAAAUUGCUGGAGCCAUCCUAAUAGGUUACCGUGUGUCGGAUACGAUACGUAAGGGUAUUAUAGAUGUUACGCUGUACAACAAUGGGUCUGAGACCCUACUCUUGGCAGGAAAUGUUGCUGCUUUAUCAGGGUCGUGUGUGUGGUUGAUGGCUGCCACAAUACUUAAACUUCCUGUAUCUACAACACACAGUAUCGUUGGAGCCACUGUGGGAUUCGCACUCGUGGCCCACGGCAUCAAGGGCAUCAACUGGCAGAAGAUUGGACUUAUUGUGGGAUCGUGGUUUAUCUCGCCCAUCAUGUCCGGCAUUAUCACCGUGUUCUCAUUUUGGAUCCUCACGAAGCUCGUAUUGAAACGGGAUGAUCCAUUUGCCGCUGGACUCAAGCUGUUGCCAAUAUUCUAUGCUUUUACGACGGCUGUCAAUGCAUUUUCCGUAUUCUACCAGGGAUCAAGUCUCCUCAUGUUUGAUAAGAUCCCUCUCUACGGCGUACUUAUCCUGACGUUUGGACUGGCUGUGAUUGUCGCGCUGAUUAUUUACUUCGUUUUUGUACCGAGGUUCAAAAAAGGGAAAUGGAUAGAUGUAGAAGAAGGACAAAGUCAAGGUGGAAGUAUCAUUUUGGAAAAAGCGGUAGAGACUGCACUGUCGCCCGAAGAACAACAAAAAAUGCUUACAAAAGACGUCGAAGAGUCCAACAUCAUUGAUGUAGAUGUUGAUAUUGAAAACAAAGAAAAUAUCGAAGUCAAGAAAGAUGGCGAAAAAACGCCUCUGAAGGAGAACAUUUCUCAAGGAGCAGGCAUACUGAUUGAGAAGGAUACAAACAUUGAUGCAAUCUUGGCCGAUGCGAAGGCCAUUACACCGGUGUUGAUGACAGCUAACGGGUCUUCGAAAGACAUGAGCAAUGGUCCCUCGCCCCAAGGCAGUGUUACUCCUCUGCUGUACAGGGAAUCAACCUCCACAUUCUCAAGUCGUAAGCUGCUGCAAGACAACUUUGAUGGUAGUCCUGGAAGUAGCAGUAAAGAUUCCAGUACCUCUGACCUCGAGAAGGGUCGUGAACUACUGAAAGAUGAACCAAAAACUGCCAAGUUAUUCUCGUUCCUACAAAUUCUCACAGCUGUGUUCGGUUCCUUCGCUCACGGAGGAAACGAUGUCAGCAAUGCAAUAGGUCCACUCGUUAGUAUCUGGAUCAUUGGUACCCAAGGUAACGCACUUCAGAAGGCGGAGACGCCACUGUGGAUCCUCGUCUUUGGCGGGAUCGGGAUCAGUAUCGGCCUGUGGGUGUGGGGCAGGAGAGUCAUUAAAACCAUGGGAGAAGAUCUUACAAAGAUCACCCCUUCAAGUGGAUUCUGUAUAGAAGUUGGAUCAGCCCUGACUGUGCUCAUCGCCUCCAACAUCGGGAUCCCAAUCAGUACCACGCAUUGUAAGGUGGGCUCGGUGGUAUGUGUGGGCCGUUACAGGUCGAAACAAAACGUAGACUUCAAGCUUUUCAGGAACAUAGUUCUUGCUUGGUGUGUGACUUUACCAGUGGCCGGCGGUAUCAGUGCCGGCAUUAUGGCGAUCAUCAUGCAGUUUUUAUGAUAGAGGAGGUCUUCAAGUCGUGCGAGUGUGAAUGUGACUGCGACCUAGCUUCAAAAUCUUGCUCACUAAUGACAGGCUCUUUCACGGUGAAGGAUUCGGGUUUAUUGGGUGUAGCGUCCUAUCAACAGCUAAGGUCAUUUAAUGGUUGUUCCGUCGUUAUGAAGGCACAACUUUUCAUAUUACAUGGUAUAUCUCCACCAGUAUAUAAAGAGAUCAAAUUUUAAUAUUUCAUGUUUUUAAUUUUGGGGUAUGCUUCACUUUCUACUAUUAUGCAAAGAAUAGACCUUAAAUCAGAUCAGAUCUCCCAUCUGUGGCUUUUCAGUAUGCACGAAAGAUAAAUUAAGGAAAAAUUAUGGGCUUUGUGAUACUGAGCUAUGAUUUUGGAGCUGGGACCAGUAAUACUUUAGAAUAAAUCAUAUUGGCAGAAAGUCAUUCAAGAUUUUCCUACUGUACAUAAUUAACAACAAAAUUUGAUGUUACUUUUAUCCUUUGCUAGCGUUAAAUUUCUUUCAAGACAACAAAAAAUAAUUACAAUUCAAACCUUUUUUACGACCAGAGAUCUGUAUCGGUUGUAUUAGUGAAAUAUACCCGGGGUGUCCAAUUCCACUGGCGAUACAGGUAAAUUAUUUGUCAAGAGUUAGUAAAAAAA